AUGAGUGAGCUGAGUCUAAUGUACCUGUCUGUGACUAUACCCAGCCAGGAGCCUGAGGAUGAAAAUUAUGGAUGUGCAACAGAUUAUUUAACUGCAGUGAUCAUUGACAGCAUCACUCUGCUGCUCUGCCUGUUCGGGAUGGUGGGGAAUGGGAUUGUGCUCUGGUUCCUUGGUUUCCACAUUAAGAGGAACAUCUUCACUGUCUACAUCCUCAACCUGGCUGCUGCUGACUUUGGCUUCCUCCUCUGCCUGCCUGGUUUCCUUAUAACCUUUAAUGCCAAACAUUUAUUUUGUUUUCCUUUAGCGGAACUUAACUUAAUAAACUCAUUUCAACUGCUGUCUUUGCUCGCAUACAGCACCAGCCUUUAUCUCCUGACGGCCAUCAGCACUGAGCGGUGUGUGUCUGUCCUCUUUCCCAUCUGGCACCGAUGCCGCCGCCCAAAGCACUUGUCUGCCAUUGUCUGUGCGCUGCUCUGGGCUCUCUCCAGCCUGCUGUCAGGAAUAGUGUAUUCUUUAUGUUUUUUUGAUGGAACUGAAAAUUGUUGGCUUACGUUCCUACCCAUGUAUGGCCUGAAUUUCCUCAUUUUUGCUCCCAUCAUGAUUGUGUCCAGUCUGAUCUUGUUCAUCAAGCUCCGACAUAGCUCACAGCGACGUCAGCAAGAAAAGCUCUACAGUGUUAUCCUGCUCACUGUCCUCUUCUUUCUCAUCUUUGCUGUUCCCCUCAGUGUACAAUACUUCCUUGACCUUAUUCAUUAUAGUCAUGCUAAUGAGCUAUCUUACCUGCUGGCUUCUAUAAACAGCAGCAUCAACCCAGUUAUUUACUUCCUAGUUGGGAGUUACAGGCAGCACCGAUUCAGAGGCUGCCUCCAGGUUGCGCUCCGGAACAUAUUUGAAGAAAAGACAGAUUCCAGAGAGGGUGGAGAAACCUCCAGACAAGACACAGUGAAGACAUCAUUUUAAAUCU